GCGGAAGGGCAGGUGGGAGGGUAGGGUCUGCAUCCACCCUUGCGUUUGUGUGUUUUUCAUCAUUCCUGGGCGUGCAGGAGUGCACAUCUGCAUGAACCACAUGUUCCUGGACGUGUGCACAAGCGUGCAUCUGCCUUAGCCGUCUGACUACGUUGUGCAGACAGUAAUGGAGGCAAACAAACCUCCUCUGUUCCGUUCUUGCAAGUGUGCCUCUGCACGAGGCCACCUCUGCUGCACAUGCUCGUGCAGGGUGCAUCUCCUCUGUGCCCCUCCCUGGAGGUGCCAGACCAUGCACAGAACGUGUGGGUGAGCUGCACCGCUGGGCUGGCAUGCUAGGUGCUUGCAUGCGUGUGUACACGAUAUCUCUCUGUGUGGAUUCAUGUGAUAUGCUUACCAUGUCACUAGACAGACACGUUAGCUUGUACAUGCGUGUCCCAGUACUGGGAGGAUAUGUCUGUGUACCAUAUCCCUGGAUACACACGCCUGUGCACAGUGCCACCGCAUGCAGGCAUGUUUGUGCAUGAGCAUAUGUGUCAUGCCAUUGCAUGGGUGUGCUGGGUCAUGCGUGUGUGUACAUGCUGGGUGUCUGGGGGCCUGCCAGCAAGAGGGCCUUGUGGGGGUGCACCCAUGGUCUUGGGCAUCCCUCAAGCCAGCCCCACGCACAACUGCCUGCAGAGGGUGCCCUUCCCCACCACGCUGACAGCCAACAAUGAGCACUCUGGCGUCCCAGCAUCCUGUGCCCCACCAUGGGCCUCUGUCCUCUGAGACCAGGCUGGGGCAAGGCGUGGCCAGGGCCUCCUUGCCAGAGGUGGGCGGGCUCGCUCCUGGCUGAAGCACCUUCACCCUGGACCCUCACUCAGAGCCUCUUGCUCCUACUCUGCCCACAUAGAGGGAUCUGGGCUGACCUCGCUUAGUUGGGUGGGGGUGCUGGAACCCCACCACCUCUGGGCCUUCCCUCCUUCACCAGCCUGUGGGGACUGUGGGGCCUGCCGUAGGUGCUGCAGCUGCCUGGGCUUCGCAACGCUGCUUCUGGUGCGAAGAGGCUGCCCCGGGUUGGGGCUGCCCAGGGUGGGGACACGGGACAGGAGCAGAGAGCUGGGGACAAUUUACCUGGACCCUGGUCUUCAGGCCUCAGAAGCCUGGCUCAGGGGCUUUAGUGUUGGGCUGUGAUUUUACUGGGGUUUGAGGGGCUCCCCAAGGCUGUCCUGGGGUUCCCCUGUCAGCUUACGCUCCGGUGCCCCUGAAGCUGAAACUUGAGCUCCCUGGUGCCCACCAGUGCCUGGGCUAGGGCAGGACAGGAGAAGGUGGUCUCUGAUGUGGAGCCUGGAGGGCCCAGCCCUGGGAAGGGGGACCCUGCCUGGACCCUCCCGGCCUGGGGAGGAGCUGCACGUGGGUCGGGGUCCAGGGGAGCCUGCCGAGGGGGAGCUGCCCGGCCAUUAUUCAGCUUGUCUCGGCCUGGGUGGGGCUCCAGGCGCUGAGUCACGGCUUUGGUGGAGGGGCCGGCCUCACCCUCCCCGCCAGCCUCCACCACCCUCAACUGCUGCUGAGAUCCCGCCCAGCGGGGAGGAGGCCUCAGGUCCCCCUGGGCUGGGGAGGGACAUGGUCAGGGGCUCCCAGGACUGGGUGCAGCCCUCAGGGCCUCUGCUGAGCACCCCUGUUGUCCCCAGAGCACAUCUGUCAGCUCCUGGUGCAGCCCCGCACUUGCCACCCUGCCAGGGACACAGGCGCCCCCAGCCAGGGGGUGGCAGCUCUAGGUGCAGCUGUCUCUGCAUCCGGCCCUGCUGUGGGCUCUGGGGGCGGGGCUGUCACUGCAGCACUGCCCUGGGCUGGUCCCUUCACUGCUUUGGAACCCCUCCCUCCAGGGGAGAUGCUACAGUAGUGGGAGGGGGUCCUGGGCUGUCCACACCUCCAGUGAAGGUGGGCUGGACACUGGUGUUCAUGCAGCUGGAUUCCUUCUGUCCCCUCAGUCCCUUAGAGAGGAGCUGGUGUCCUGCCUAGGUGGGAAUCAAGGACACACCUCAUGUGAUCCCCCAGGCCUGGGAAACCCUGGAGCACACCCCUCCCCCUGCUGGUCCACAAAGGGUGAGGGGUGCUGGACCGGGCGGCCGCCCCUGCUGCACCCCCGCCCAGGGCCUGUUCUGGGGGCAGCCUCCCCCCCUGGCACCAGCCCAGGCCCCGAAGUCCUGUCCCCGAGAAGCCAGAUGGGCCGUGGCUUUGCCAGCUGAGCCGAUUGUGCGGCGUGAGGGGCUGCUGGGACCCUGGCCCCAUUUCCCCAUUUCCUGCUCCCGGAGGGGGGUGGUCACGUGUGGAUCCAUCUGCCUCUUGCCUUCCGGGGGUUCUCCUGGUGGCUUCUCCAGUGAUGUCAUGCCUUAACUCUUCUCUCCCCAGGCAGCGCUGGGUCGGGCUGGCCUGGUGGGAGCGGGCUCUGGGCGGGGCUGCGCCUCUCCCUUGGGUGGGGGGACGGUGCCGUUUGAUUUGAGGUGGAGGAGCUGGAGACGUCUCUCGUCAGCUACUCUGGAGCCUCCUGGUGCUGCCGGGACGGAGAGCAGCUGCCCCCAGCCGCCAGCCCCCACCCGAGGCUCCUGGGUCCACAGAGGGGCACAAGGCAGGCGCUAAGGGGGCUGAAGCGCAACCCAGAGGGGUCGGGGUGAACUCUGAGCCCAGAGAGGAGGGAAGCUGGGGAGGCUCGCCCGGCCCUCGUGGGCAGCACCACUGUGGGGCUCUGGCCCGUGGAUCAGUAUGUCAGGACACAGAUGGGCCACUGUCCCCAGGGGCUGCCGCCUGCCUGACCUGUCCCCAGGUCUGUCAUCUAGCCAGAGCCCAGGGCAACCAUCGACGAGGUGGAGGCGGACGUGGUGGAAGUCGAGGCCAAGCUGGACAAGCUGGUCAAGCUGUGCAGUGGCAUGAUCGAGGCCGGCAAGGCCUACGUCAGCACCAACAGGCUCUUCGUCAGUGGCGUCCGCGACCUGUCCCAGCAGUGCCAAGGCGACACUGUCAUCUCGGAAUGUCUGCAGAGGUUUGGAGACAGCCUGCAGGAGGUGGUCAACUACCACAUGAUCCUGUUCGAUCAGGCCCAGAGGUCCGUGCGGCAGCAGCUCCACAACUUUGUCAAAGAGGACGUGCGGAAGUUCAAGGAGACAAAGAAGCAGUUUGACAAGGUGCGGGAGGACAUGGAGCUGUCCCUGGUGAGGAACGCACAAGCCCCGAGGCACCGGCCCCACGAGGUGGAGGAGGCUGUGGGUGCCCUCAGCCUCACCCGGAAGUGCUUCCGCCACCUGGCCCUGGACUAUGUUCUCCAGAUCAACGUCCUUCAGGCCAAGAAGAAGUUUGAAAUUCUGGACUCUAUGCUGUCCUUCAUGCAUGCCCAGUACAGCUUCUUCCAGCAGGGCUACAGCCUCCUGCACCAGCUGGACCCCUACAUGAAGAAGCUGGCGGCCGAGCUGGACCAGCUGGUGGUCGACUCUGCCGUGGAGAAGCGCGAGAUGGAGCGCAAGCAUGCCGCCAUCCAGCAGCGGACGCUGCUGCAGGACUUCUACGAUGAGUCCAAGGUGGAGUUUGACGUGGACGCGCCCAGCGGCGUGGUGAUGGAGGGCUACCUCUUCAAGAGGGCCAGCAACGCCUUCAAGACAUGGAAUCGGCGCUGGUUCUCCAUUCAGAACAGCCAGCUGGUCUACCAGAAGAAGCUCAAGGUGUGCCAUGGGGCCGGGGGUGGUGUCCGCCCCAGCGGGCUGGGCCCCUCCCCACCCAGACUGGGGUGGGCUGUCCGGUGGGGUGUGAUGGCUGGUACACUUGUGGACACCAAGCCCGAGCGAUCAGGGGACAGAGAGCUGCGAACGGCCUGUGUCUCUGGGGUCGAGCGGUCCCAGGGGGUCGGGGCCGGGUGGGGCCGAGGACACAGGCUGCAGAGGUGCUGCCCGCAGGACGCGCUGACCGUGGUGGUGGAUGACCUCCGCCUGUGCUCUGUCAAGCCGUGCGAGGACAUCGAGAGGCGGUUCUGCUUUGAGGUCGUGUCUCCCACCAAGAGCUGCAUGCUUCAGGCCGACUCGGAGAGGCUGCGGCAGGCCUGGGUGCAGGCCGUGCAGGCCAGCAUCGCCUCCGCCUACCGCGAGAGCCCAGACAGCUGCUACAGCGAGAGGCUGGACCGCACAGCGUCUCCGUCCACGAGCAGCAUCGACUCGGCCACGGACUCCCGGGAGCGCGGUGCCAAGGGCGAGAGCGUGCUGCAGCGUGUGCAGAGUGUGGCCGGCAACGGCCAGUGUGGCGACUGCGGCCAGCCGGACCCCCGCUGGGCCAGCAUCAACCUGGGCGUGCUGCUGUGCAUCGAGUGCUCAGGCAUCCACAGGAGCCUGGGCGUCCACUGCUCCAAGGUGCGGUCCCUGACGCUGGACUCCUGGGAGCCGGAGCUCCUGAAGCUGAUGUGUGAGCUGGGAAACAGCACCGUGAACCAGGUCUACGAGGCCCAGUGCGAGGGUGCGGGCAGCAGGAAGCCCACAGCCAGCAGCCCCAGGCAGGACAAGGAGGCCUGGAUCAAGGACAAAUACGUGGAGAGGAAGUUUCUGCAGAAGCCACCCACCGCACCAGCCAGAGAGGCCCCGAGGCGCUGGCGGGCACAGAAGUGCCCGCGCCCCCACAGCUCCCCCCGCGCCCCCACGGCCCUCCGCAAGGCCCGGCUGGAGCCCGUCCUGCCCUGUGUCGCCGCCCUGUCCUCAGCAGGCACCCUGGAGCGCAGGUUCCGCCGGGACUCCCUCUUCUGCCCAGAUGAGCUGGACUCCCUCUUCUCCUACUUCGACGCGGGGGCUGCCGGCGCAGGUCCUCGAAGUCUGAGCAGCGACAGUGGCCUGGGUGGGAGCUCGGACGGCAGCUCGGACGUCCUGGCCUUCGGCGCGGGCUCUGUGGUGGACAGCGUCAGGGAGGAGGAGGGCGCAGAGUCCGAGGAGUCCAGCAGCGAGGUGGACGCAGACACUGAGGCUGAGCCCUGGGGCCUGGCGGAUGUGCGCGAGCUGCACCCUGGGCUGCUGGCGCACCGAGCUGCGCGCACCGGAGACCUCCCCGCGCUGGUCGCGGCGCUGGCCCAUGGGGCCGAGGUCAACUGGGUCGACGCGGAGGACGAGGGCAAGACGCCACUGGUGCAGGCCGUGCUAGGGGGCUCGUUAAUCGCCUGCGAGUUCCUUCUGCAAAACGGAGCGGACGUGAACCAAAGAGACAGCCGGGGCCGAGCGCCCCUGCACCACGCCACGCUGCUGGGACGCACCGGCCAGGUCUGCCUGUUCCUGAAGCGGGGGGCUGACCAGCACGCCCUGGACCAGGAGCGGCAGGACCCGCUGAGCAUCGCGGUGCAGGCGGCCAACGCCGACAUCGUCACGCUGCUCCGCCUGGCGCGCAUGGCCGAGGAGAUGCGGGAGGCCGAGGCGCCCCCGGGCCAGCCGGGCCCCCUGGCAGGCAGCAGCCCCACGGAGCUCCAGUACCGCAGGUGCAUCCAGGAGUUCAUCAGCCUCCACCUGGAGGAGAGCUAGGGUCGGGCAGGUGCCCUGCACGCGCCUGAAGACCCUGGCCCUCGCCAGCCGCAGCCCCACCCCUGACGACACGGCCAUUUCCGACAGCCCCAGUGCCUGGCGCUGGGGGAGCCCGGUCCCCUCUCUCCCCUCCUUCCAGCGCCUGGACCCUCAGGCCAGGAGAGGGACGCUGGGGAUGGGAGCAGACCCCGGCACCGCGUCUGCCGGAGCCCCAGUUUCCCUGGAGGUGCUGCGUCAUUUGGUGCCCUCACCCGCCCCCCACCCGGGGACCCUCUGUCUCCAGGUCACCCCGUCCCUGGGGGCCUGGGUCGCUCACUUUUGUCACAAACCACUCUCAAGGCCCAUGCCACCUCACGUCCCCACUUGACUGCCCCAGAACACGGACCUGCGAGCUGGGUCCUCCCCGCACACCCUAGAGCCCCGCGCUAGGCCCUGGGCUGGUGGCUGCCAGCACCUUCCAGGGAACAACCUGAGUACCUCACGUGGGGAUCCCAGCGUCCAGGCAGGUGCUGGGCAGGUGGGCUCUGGCCUGGGCCCUCAUCCCUGGCUGGGCGCAGGCGUCCAAGGCCACGUGGCUGGCCCCACAGGCCCAGGUGCCAGCUGGGCCCAGGCCUGUCCCUGCCUCCUCCAGAGGCCCCUCUCCCGGUACUCAGCCGGGGCCUGUGCACAGAGCCACUUUCCACCGGCACCCGACAUUCCGUCGCCGCCCGAGUGGAUUUUUCUACAGCGACCUCGUUCUGACUCUUCCUCUGGACUCUGAGGGCCACCCUGACCCCAGCUCUGCCCACCUGGGGGAGGCUCCUGCCCUCCCAGCCUUGCUCCUUGGGCUGGGCCCUCCGACGGGUCCAGGGACCCCUCAGCUUGUUUUGUGGGGCCGACCCGAUGCCUUCAUGUUCCCCUUUUCCGGAGGAGCCCCGAGACAGAGGCUUGGCCUCCCUCCCAGCUGUGGGCCCUCAGUAGGCAAGGCCAGUCAGCUGGCCACUAUGCAAAUGCUGCCUGGGAGGGAGGCCCCCAGUUCCCUGCCUGCUGGCUGUGACCCCUAAAGAGCAGAAUUAACCCCUUCCUCUCCCUGCUUGAGCUCGGCCCCUCCUCCCGGCCCUGCGCAGGCUGGGGUCGGCCCUCCUGCUCCGAUCAGUCACUCGCUGUCAAUAAACCGCUUGCGCCCACUGCCUGCCCACUGGC